AGAUCAACGGACUGAAUGAAGAUGAUGAUUGAAGCUCUUCUCCUCAUUGUAGCUGCUCUACAGGAUCACAGAGUCACUGCUGUUGGAUAUCCACUGGAUAUGGCACUGAAUUCAGUUGAUAAUCAGUAUAAGGGAUGCACAGACAACAUGUCAGCUUUGGUGAAAACAGAAUAUCUGCCGAAGGAACUCAAUAACUCUAAAACUAAUCUCAAAGAAGCUUGGAAAGAGGCUGAAAAAUUUAUUAAUGGUACAAAUAACUUGACACAUGAUCAUUCAAUUGCCAUCUAUAUGUACACUGGUGAUAAAGUGUUUCGUGAUUUCAAUAAUGCCACUCGUUAUGGCCGGCAAAACUACACCAUUGGGAAAUACGGCUGGUAUUCACUACACUUUCUGUUAACAGAGGCCUUACAGAUUCUGAAAACAACACAAAAUAGAUGCUUUGAUACUUUUCGCGGUACAAAAUCAAAGUUUGAACUUCUCAACAACACUGUUCGUUUUGGCUCAUUUGCAUCUUCCUCUUACGAUUGGAGAAAGGCAAAGUUUUUUGGAAAUAAAUCUUGUUUUGAGAUUCACACCUGUGAAGGUGCUGAAAUUACGAAUCAUUCCAAACUUCGUCAUGAGAAAGAGGUGCUGAUUCCUCCAUAUGAGAUGUUUAGAGUCACUGAAACCAAGACAAUUGAUAAGCAGAACGAUCUGUGGUGUGAAACUGUGUAUGUGUUGAACAGCACCGGGAUAAGGAGUGAUCUGAACUGUGAUCUACCAAAAAAAUCAUGAAAAAUCACUAUAUGAGCCAAAACACAGUGCAUUAAAUGUACAUUUGUUAUUAAAGUUCCUAUAUUAAUCUCUGUUAUUCAGCGGUUGUUAUCUUGGGAUAGCACACCUUGUAAUGUCAUGACUCGCCAAUCAGAAUCGAGUAUUCCAGACAGCCGUGUAAUAAAAUGCAAUAAGAACUGCCUGGAUGUAACUGCCUGGAUGUGAAUUGAUUCUGAUUGGUCAGUUGCGACAUUACAAGGUAUUUUGUUUUCAGAUAACAACUGCUAAAUAACACAGACUCAUCUGGAAACUUCAAAUCACAUUGACUGUCAAUAAAUACGUUCACAUCCAUAUACGUACACCCACAUUCAUUUGUAUAUUCUUAUCUGUCAUGCCAUGUUUUUUGACUGU